AUGGCAGGUCAAGUGUCUAUCUCGGCAUUGUCCGACAAUGUGUCCGUGCACAAGGAGAAGAGAAUAUGGUACCAUACCACGUUGUUCAAUGCCUUCGUUAUCGGCGGUGUUGGAUUCAUGGCUCCUGGGCUGUGGAAUGCCAUGAAUAGUCUGGGUGCGGGAGGCGCGCAAUCGCCGUUUCUAAUCAAUGCCGCAAAUGCCUUGGUUUUUGCUCUCAUGGGUAUCCUAUGUCUCUUUGGAGGCCCAGUUUCAAACAGAAUUGGAUUGAACUGGACAUUGCUGUUAGGAGCGAUCGGGUUUCCGAUUUACUCGGCUGCAUUGUACACCAAUAACCGUUAUGGGAACAUCUGGUUUGUACUCGUUGGAUCCGUGGCAUGCGGGUUAUCGGCGGGUCUUUUCUGGGCGUCCGAAGGAGCCGUAGCACUGGGAUAUCCCGAACCGACCAAACGAGGCAGAUAUAUGAACAUCUGGCUUUGGUUCCGUACCGGAGGUCCUUUGGUGGGCGGUGCUAUACUUCUUGCACUCAACCACUCUGCCGAUGCCAAGAACAAGGGAAAAGUUGGCUCACAGUCGUAUCUCAUCUUUGUCGCUUUGCAAUGUCUCGGCACUCCUCUGGCCAUCUUUCUCUCGCCACCUGAAAAGGUCCAGCGCAGCGAUGGAAGCAAGGUGAAGAUUGUCCUCCAGAAUUCGUGGCGUGCCGAGAUGCUGGAACUUUGGAGACUGUCCUGUCGGAAAGAGGUUGCUCUGCUUUUGCCGUUGUUCUGGGCAGCGUACUUUAACCAAUACAGCUCAAACUUUUCAACGUACUACUUUGGUGUUCGAGCGCGUGCUUUGAUCGGCUUUCUCAGCAACUUUGCGAGUCUCUUCUCAUCCGGACUUAUCAGCCGAUUCUUGGAUUAUCAGGGAACAUCGGUUAAAAACCGCAUUACCUAUGGGUUCUUCUACGUGACUGUCGUCCACAUAAUCGCCUGGGUCUAUGCCUGGGUAAUCCAGGAGAAAUACACGGCGAAUCCACCAUCAUACGACUGGACCGACAAAGGCUUUGUCGAGGGAUUCUUCGUCAUAAUGCUAUGGAAUUUCAGCCAGCAAGCACUACAAAACUGGCUUUACUACCUUGUAUCCACGAUGACGGAUAAUAUCUCCGAACUCGCUCGCUUGUCCGGCAUUCUCCGUGGACAGGAGAGUUUAUCCCAGGCGGUUUCGUUUGGGCUCAAUACUCGGAAUUGGCACGGGGGGAGGGUUCCCCUCGCUGUUAACACCAUUCUUCUAUGUCUCGCGGUGUUCCCUACGUGGUUGGUCGUUAGAAAUCACGUUCCUAUUGAGCAUGAAAAGGGUGCUGCCCAUGGAGUUUUGGAUGAGGAGCAAGGGGUGCAAACUGGCGCCAUUGAGGCAUCGGAAAAGGGUAAUAUCGUGGUGGGCGAGAUCGAAGCAAAAUAG